AUGGGCAGGCAGCCGUGCUGCGACAAGGUGGGCCUGAAGAAGGGGCCGUGGACGGCGGAGGAGGACCAGAAGCUCGUCGCCUUCCUCCUCACCCACGGCCACUUCUGCUGGCGCAUCGUCCCCAAGCUCGCAGGGCUGAUGCGGUGCGGCAAGAGCUGCCGGCUGCGGUGGACCAACUACCUGCGUCCCGACCUCAAGCGCGGCCUCCUGUCCGACGACGAGGAGCGGCUCGUCAUCGACAUGCACGCGCAGCUCGGCAACCGCUGGGCCAAGAUCGCCGCGAUGCUCCCCGGCAGGACCGACAACGAGAUCAAGAACCACUGGAACACCCACAUCAAGAAGAAGCUCCGCAGGAUGGGCAUCGACCCCGCCACCCACCUCCCGCUCGACAAAGACCAGGCCCCUCCUACCGCGCUGCAAGACAAGGAGCAGCCGACGCCCCACUGCGCUGAACACUCUCUGCCGGCGGAGGAUGAGGACGACAAGGCGGUGGUUCCGCUGAUCCAGCCGCCGCAGGAGAUCGUGGUGCCCCCGCACACUGCGGGGAGCAACUGCUCUGCUUCCCCUGCCUCGGCGAUCUCGCCGUCCUGCUCCUCCUCCUCGGCCUCGGCUGGCUCGGCGGCGUCCGCCGUGGACGUGGCGGAGUGGCAGCAGGCCACGUAUCUCUUCGACAUAUAUGGCUUCACCGAUGUGGGCUCGGUCUGGGAUGGCGGCUUCGUCUCCGGCGUUGAUCCGUUCGGACCGUUCGAUCACUACUACCCCGGCGCCGGCUUCGAUCAGGAUAACUGGUUUUGACGCUGCGCAUGUAGAUCAUAGGGGUUCACCUCUUCUCGUCAGCUUCAGCUCCCUUAGCUAUCGGUGUAAC